CACCUGGCGGCCCAGCACGAGCUGCAGGGAGGUGUCUGCGCGCAGAGCAUGGCUUCUUCAUCCAGACAGCACUCAUACUGAGCCCUCACCAGGAAAGGCAGCGCUUGCCCUUGGUCUGAUCCGGUCUCUGGGUUCAUCUCCCAAAAGGCAGCUCUGGGCAGCCACAUGUUCUGUGCCUGUCAAUAUAGUGCAUGGGGACCCUGUGCUCCUAAGGAAGCGUUAGGAACAGUUCAGUGACGGCCACAGACGCAGGUGUGGGGGACGUAGCUAUGAACGGGCCAGAAAAGGCUGGGUAUGGAAACAGACACCAGCAAAUGUGCUAUGAAGACAGUACGAUAGGUGACUAGGAAGGGGACUAGUGGUCAGUGGAGGCUCUUUGGAGGAGGUGACUCUUUAUUUUUGGUUACUGCAAGAUCUGAGGACUGAGCCUUUGCACACAGAGACAGGAGCAGUGCAGGGGAAGGGUUGCAUUGCAGCAGAGAGGGUUUGAGAAGGUUUGGGCCCCAGCCCAGGGGAAGGUGGUGAGGACAUUUUUGAGUGCACACAUCAGAUGGAUGGCUGUGCGUUACUGACCACACAAUUUGUUCCAGCCAUUCUUCCCAUCCUACUGUGGGUUAAAAUCCCAGUGGUCCAUGGCUCCUCCCUCCUCUUUCUCCACGCUCUUCUUUUGUCCCCUUCCCCACAAGUCCCCACAGACUGGUAUAGUGUCGGCUUCCUCCUUUCCCUUCUCUCUGGCGCUGGCCCUCUCUGACUUGGAUUGUGGCAAAGGCUCCUCCAGUAUGCACCACCCCCCCAGCCCCCUGUUCAUCUUUGAGCCUCAGCCCACCACACUAGUGCUUCAGCUGCACCCCUGAACACCCUACACCCUGGGUGCCUCCUGCCUCCCCACCUUUCUCUUUGCUGACUUUGCUUUAGACUCAAAGUCGAAUGUUGCCUCUCCUUUGGGUAGACCCUCCCUCCAAGUGAGAGAGCUCUGUCAGCCCAGUGACUGUGUGACUAGGGUGUCCCUCCCAGCUGCAGCUCCCUUGGCACUGCCCUGCCCAGCCCUGUGCACAGUAGCUUUCCUGUCUCCCCACUCCCUCUGGUACUGGGGUUUGAACUCAGGGCUUCAUGCUUGCUAGGCAGGUUCUCUACCAUUUGAGCCACUCGAGAUGGGAUCUCAUGAACUGUUUGCCUGGGCUGGCUUUGAAUCUUGAUCCUCCUGAUCUCUGUCUCCCGAGUAGCUAGGAUUACAGGCGUGAGUCACCAUACUCAGCUAUGCUUACUUUCUUAAUGUCAGCUGCUUUCCCACCAGGCUUUGUACAAAAAUGAGGAAAAGAAAAAACAAAUGGGUUGGGGGGUCAGGAGAACAUUAGGGCAGUCUCUCUGUCUUGUAUACACCCACAGCUCUCAUCUAUGCCUGCCCCCUCUCAGUAGGUGUCUGUUCAUAAAAGGACAUCAGUAACCCUCUCCCACCUCCCAGGACUGAAAACCUUUCCACCUUUGGGUUAGUUGCAACCCCCCAGUCCCUGUUAGACUCAUUUCUGCCUGUUUUGAGCAGGUGCUGCACUUGGCUGUCCAGGAGGGUCUCUAGGGACAGUGUUGGGAGGCAGAGGUGACCUGCCGCCCUAGUUUCCACUCUUUUGAAAGGACGCUGUGAACCAGUUCACAUUCCCUUCUCCAGUUCCAGAAGCUCACGGCCCUGCGGCCCUGCUGCACUGUGAGCUCAGCUCAGACCUUGCUGCCCGCAGGGAAGGGGCUGCUGCCGCCCUGCACCUGCCUCAGGACACUUGCAUUAAAUCCCCUCCAGCUUACAGGGCACGCCCCACCUCUCACAUCCCACUGGAUGCUUCAGCCCAGCGCCAUGGCCUUGACCCAGGUCAGCUUGUACCUUUGGGAGGAGCCUGGCCCAUCCCUGAUGUCCACAACCAUCCUCUUUCUUAUCACAGAUUCCAUCCAUCCAUCCAUCAUCUACCUCCCUACCCAUCACCCAUCAACUUGUCCACCCGUCCAUCACCUAUGUCUAGCUGUCUGUCUGUCUAUGUAUCAUCUGUCUGUCAUCCAUCAACCUAUUAACUCAUCCAUCUUAUCCAUCCAUCACUCCUCCUAGGGGAUAUGGUGAAGAUUUUCCAAAGAUCCUACUGCCAGGUGGUGGUGGUAUGGAGAGGUCUCAGCCGGAGUGCUGCUUCUGGAUCUGAGGGGAUGUGAGGAGCUUCUGGUGUAGCAGGUAGUCAGAAUGAGCCAGGUCUUUGUCUAGAACUGGAAGCUCUAUCAGUGCUGGAGGCAUGAGAGGUUGAAUAUCUCUGUAGGACUGGAGGUGACUUUAUGGGUGGUGGAGGUCAGAGCCCAUCAAGAUAGGUUCCUCUUCCUGUAGAUGGGGGUUUCUUUUGUUCAUCUGUUACCCCAGGACCUACAACAGCGCCUGCCACGUCGGGCUGCACAGUGCACUCCUUCCCUCUGGAAGGUGCGUGCAGUCACUACAGUCACUGAUGCUGCCCAGUGCCUGGACAAUCGUGGGGGCUGCUGCCCUCGCCCUGCUCCUGGUGGCACUGUUGACGCGUGUCCUCGUCAAAAGAAAACCGCCCCGGGACCCACUCUUCUAUGUGUACGCGGUGUUUGGCUUUACCAGCGUGAUAAACCUCAUCAUAGGACUGGAGCAAGAUGGCAUCAUUGAUGGCUUCAUGACUCACUACCUGAGAGAGGGCGAGCCGCACCUGAACACCGCCUACGGGCACGUGACCUGCUACUGGGAUGGCUCCGCCCACUAUCUGAUGUACCUGGGGAUGGUGGCAGCGAUAGCGUGGGAGGAAAGUUACAGAACCAUUGGCCUGUACUGGGUUGGAUCCGUUAUAAUGAGCAUUGUUGUUUUUGUGCCUGGAAACAUUGUAGGGAAGUACGGAGCACGACUUUGCCCUGCGUUUUUCUUGAGCAUACCGUACACCUGCCUUCCUAUCUGGGCCGGCUUCAGAAUCUAUAAUCAGCCAUCGGAAAGUUACAACUAUCCCUCAAAGGUAGUUCAAGAAGCCCAGGCAAAGGACCUGCUGAGAAGGCCCUUGGAUCUGCUGUUGGUCAUGUGUGUCCUCCUGGCGACUGGAUUUUGCCUGUUCAGAGGCUUGAUUGCUUUGGAUUGUCCAGCUGAGCUCUGCCGAUUAUAUACGCAGUUUCAAGAGCCCUACCUAAAGGAUCCCGCUGCUUAUCCCAAAAUUCAGAUGCUGGUGUACAUGUUCUACUCUGUCCCUUACUUUGUGACUGUGCUCUAUGGCUUGGUGGUCCCUGGAUGCUCCUGGAUGCCUGAUGUGACACUGAUUCAUGCUGGAGGUCUGGCUCAGGCUCAGUUUUCUCACAUCGGUGCCUCCCUUCAUGCUAGAACUGCUUAUGUCUACAGAGUCCCUGAAGACGCCAAAGCCCUUUUCUUAGUGCUGAAUGUGGCAUAUGGAGUUCUUCCUCAGCUCUUGGCCUACCGCUGUAUCUACAAACCAGAGUUCUUCAUAAAAACAAAGACAGCUGAAAAAGUGGAGUGAAAGUAUGGUUUCAGGCCCUUCUUCCGCAUCAUGGCAGUGGUUACACUGGUGCCGGCCCAUCUCGCUCCCUUCCCUACAGGAACGCUUACAAAGACACAAAUUGUUGCUGUGUACCAUGUGUGGGUGAAGAUACCAUACUGUGCGAACAAAUUUUUUUUUGAUGGAAAACCAAAGUUAUUCAGAAACAGCUUGUUUAAAAGAAACACAUGAAAAUUAGCUGGAGUGAUCCCGAACAGCUAUCUGAAUAUUCUGUUUACACAUAUUAAAUAAAUGUGUGAAAAAUCACAGGUUUUUUUUUUUUUUGCCUAUACUAGUGAGCAUAAAAAUGAAACUACUGGGGAGUAAGCCUGGCCUGUGCAUAUAGCACGGAUUUCAUGAUUUCUGCAUAUGAACUGUGUGCAUUGUCAACCUCAGUGUAGAGAAAAGGCAGAUCACCACAUAUUUGAAGACUGUUUUCCCAAGUAAAGUCCACUAUUAACUGCUUUUUAAAAAUUACUUUUACUAAAAUAUUUUGUGUGAAUCUAAAUAGCUAAAGUGAGAAAGAUAAACUUUACCAUUACUUUUAAUGAAUAAUUGUUUUACUAGUGGUUGGAAAUAUUUCUAUUGAAUUUCUGUGUAUAUUUUUAAUAAAAUUAUUUUUGGCC